AUGAAUUUACAAUUUAAUAUUCCAAAUAAUAAUAAUAAUACUCGUCGUACUCAUAUGUCUAUAAAUCGUCCACUUCCACAAACCAUUCCAUCAUAUAUUCAUUUACGUCCACAUAUUAAUAAAAAACCAAAUCUUUAUAAUGCAGGACAACGAAAAAAUUCCCAUCCCUAUCGAAAAUUUCAAACUGGCUCAACAACUACCUUUUCCGGUUAUACCAAUAUAUCCAACUAUAAUCAUAAUACUAUUACUAGUACUAAUAAUAAAAACAAUAAUAAUAGUCAUUAUCAUCAACAUCAACAAAAACAAUAUAAUAAUAAGAAUACUCAUUUAAAAUCUUCAAAUAGUAAAAAAAUACCUUGUCUUAUGUCUGUCGAUCUUAUGUCUGUCGAUCUUUUCCAACAACCACCAAGAAAAAAUCGUCGCAAAAUAGAACAUGCUGAACAAUAUAAAAAACAAACAGUAUUACAUCAACACGAAAUAAUGAAAUAUCAUGAAAAUAAUAAUAAUAAAUUAAAAGGUUUAAUUUUAUCGGAUUCAAUUUGUAAAUACGUGCGACCAGAGGAGGUAAGUGCCGAUAAUAUACAGGUAAAAAUAUCUUUUGAAUCUGGCUGCGAUUGCAGCAGAAUGUUAACAUUUUUAGAAGAACAAAAUAUUGAUCAAAGUAGUAUAUUCCAAGCUGAUUUUGUAAUUUUUUCUCUAUGUACAAAUGAUGUUGCUAAUUUAGGUUCUGAUCUUGCUAUGAAAAAUUGUCGUAUUUUAAUAGAACGUAUACGAAAAUUAUUUCCUCAUUUGAAAUCAAUUGGAUGGCUAGCACUUUCACCACGAUCAAAACCAUCUAAAUUAUUCAAUUCUAUAACUAUUAAUGAGAAAUAUCAAGAAUUUAAUCAAUAUCUUACGAAAUUAUCAAAAGAAAUGAAUUUUGAAAUAAUUAAUGCCAAUCUCCAACACCAACACAUGCAUUACGAUGGUUUACAUCCAUCAAUACAAUCGGGACGUGCUUUGAUCGAAAAAGCAUUUUAUAACUGGUUCACUACAACGGCUCAUAAUAAUAAUAAUCGUCAUCAUCAUAAUCAUACUACAACUGUUCAUAACAAUAAUAAUCGUCAUCAUCAUAACCAUACCACUACUGAUUAUAAUCAUUAUAAUCAUGCUACUGGUACUACUAAUCGUAAUCAUUAUAAUCAUGCUACUGCUACUACUAAUCAUAAUCAUUAUAAUCUUUCUACUGCUACUGCUACUAAUAUUUAUCAUCAUCAUAAUUCUACUACUACUAAUAAUAAUAAUAAUAUCCGUACUAUGAAUAAUAAGAAUACUCACAAUAAAAACAAUACCAAUCGGUUAAAAAAGAAAGAUACAUUAAAAAAUGAAAAUUCAAAUAACUUACCAAGUAAGUUAUUAAUUCCACAAUAUCCACAUUUCUUACGACAUAAAGAUGAAUUCUUUCGAAAAAUUACAAUACCAAGAGAAUUAGAAGAUAAAAAAGAAGAUAUUUUUCUGCUAAGUAACAUUCAUUUUCAAACAGAAUAUUUUCAAUUAGAAGCCGAAAAAUGGAAAAUAUACAUGACAGCUGCAGCUAAUAAGAAAACAGUCGAGCAAAUAGAACCAAUGGAAACUAUAAUAGAAGACAAUGAUAAUGAACUACCUAUUGCCAGACCAUCACCUACAGGUCUAGCAAGACCUCCACCCAGUUUAGACUUCAGUGAUUAUCCCGAAAUUUUUGAUGAAUGGUUGCCAGAACCAACACCAGGGCAAAAACGUAAACUUGGACAUCGACGUGAUGAUCCACCAACACCACCUUCUCCACGUCAACCCCCACCAAUCAUUCCUAGAAAGACAUUACCACCAAGAAAUCCUAAUAUAUCAUUAGUUGGAGGCUCUCUUCAGACAUCUCCAAUUACAAUUGAUACAGAAAAUAAAAUUAGUCGUAAACAACAACAUUCUUUCAAUUCACUUUUACCUCUUGAACAACAUAAAAAUCAAAAUGAACAACAAAUAAUAAAAACACCAAAUAUAAUUGCAUUACUAGAAAAUGAACCAUCAAUGAUAAUAUCACCUAUACGAAAUUCCACACCAGAACGAAUAAUACGAACACCAUCAGUUAUACCAAAAAAUACCAUCACACCUUAUAGUUCAUUUAAAUUUGCAAUCAUUCCUAUCGAAUGUAGAUAUUAUUUAAAACGAAUGAGAGAGAAAUGUACCUUUGAAAUAAUAAAAGCUCAUCAAGAAUUUCUUGAAAAUAAGUAUAAAACAUUAGAAAAUGAAAGAGAAAAAAAAGUUAUAUUCUUCGUUCCCAAAUCAAAUAAGAACACGAAUUGUUGA